AGAUUGUGCGGUGAAUACAAUUUUCUGUUUACGGGUUUCCCAUUAAACACAGACGAAUUUGUUUUCAGAUUUUUACUGCCAUGUCUUCUUUUCGAAAAGCCUUGAAAACUAAACAACGAGACCACAAAGAGCGAUCACAGCUCGGUUUCAGGAAACAUUUGGGUCUGUUAGAGAAGAAGAAGGACUACAAACUUCGUGCAGAUGACUACCACCGGAAACAGAAGACCAUCCUGGCCUUGCGCAAGAAGGCCAUGGAUAAGAACCCUGAUGAAUUUAACUUUAAGAUGAUACACAACCAAUUAAAGGAUGGAGUUCACAUGAUCAAACCAGAAGAAUCAGUGAUGACGGAUGAGCAGAAGAAGAUGAUGAGGACCCAGGACAUCAGAUAUGUGGAAAUGAAGCGGGUGUCGGAGAUGAAGAAAAUCGAAAGGAUGAAGUCAGAGCUCCAUUUUCUUGAUGUCAACGAGGAAAAGAAAAAUAAACAUGUCUUCUAUGUGGACUCAAAAAAAGAAGUGGAGGAUUUUGACCUGGCCACACACCUCAACACGGUGCCUGCAUUGGUGGACAGAGUGUAUAACAGACCAACAAUAGAGACCCUGACAAACAAGAGCAUUCUGGGAGCAGUGGAAUCUAAGUCAAUAAAAAAACUUUCCAAAGAGAGGAAACAGCAGUAUCUGAGGCUUUCAGAACGUAUAGACAGAGAACAGGAGAUGUUUGUCAUUAGUCAAAAAAUCCAGACGAGAAAAGAUCUACAAGAUAAGGUUAAGAAAGUGAAAGUGCGUAAGGAGACCAGCACUGCUCCUGCUAUCUAUAGAUUUGAGACCAAGAGGAAGAGAUGAUGUCUUUGGAUCAUCACACCGAGGAAACAAUCUCUGUCUUGUGGUUGUCAAUCAGCUGUAAUAUCUAUGAAGUGGACUGAACCUGUGGAUUUGUCUUUCCCCUCUGUAACCAACCCAGAGAAAAAAUGCUGGGCGUCUUCCACACUAUAAGGCAAGGAGAUUGUACAUAUUUAUGGCAAUUAAUUUUAUGCAUUGAAAUAAAGUUUUGUCUUUAA